UCACUACCCCACCACUCAUUCCUCGCCGGGAAAACAAACCUCUUCCGGCGUAAAAAAAACCCUUCUCCCCCAGCUCCGGCGAGAUGGCUCCCCUGCCCUCUCACCCAAUCACCACCCGCCACGUCCUCUCGCAGCUACUCACCCUCCUCCUCAUCCACUCUUCCGCCACAGCCGCCUUGCCGGUCAACGUCUGGCCCAAACCCACCUCCAUAUCCUGGUCCUCCCCGCACACGAUCGCCUCCCUCUCCCCAACCUUCCAAUUCGAUUGCCCCUCAUCCAACCGCUACCUCUCCGCCGCCGUCUCCCGCUACCACCGCCUCAUCUCCUCCGAGCGCCACCGCCCAAUUUCCGACCCCACCACCAAAUUCUCCACAUCCCCCACUCCCCUCCAAUCCCUCUCCAUCUCCGUCGCCGACCUCGCCGCCCCGCUCGUCCACGGCGCCGACGAAUCCUACACCCUCUCCAUCCCCAAUUACGCCGCCGCGGACGCAACCGCCAAUCUCACCGCCGCCACCGUGUGGGGUGCUAUGCGGGGGCUGGAGACCUUCUCCCAGCUGGUGUGGGGCCGGCUGCACGGGCGGCGCGUGCCGAUUGGGAUCGAGAUCCGCGACGCGCCUCUGUUCGGGCACAGGGGGUUUCUGCUGGACACUUCAAGGAAUUUCUACCCGGUGGAGGAUAUCCUGAGGACGAUUCGGGCGAUGAGCUACAACAAGAUGAAUGUCUUCCAUUGGCAUAUUACGGAUUCGCAUUCUUUCCCGUUGGAGCUGCCGUCGGAGCCCGGGCUCGCGGCGAAAGGAUCGUACGGAAGGGGGAUGAGGUAUUCGGUGGCGGAUGUGGGUCGGGUCGUGCAGUACGGGUACGAGCAUGGGGUCCGGGUUGUGCCCGAGGUCGACACUCCCGCACACACGGGUUCCUGGGCCGGAGCCUACCCGGAAAUAAUAACCUGCGCGGACAAGUUCUGGUGGCCGGCCGGCAGCUCAUGGGCCGACCGGUUAGCCUCCGAGCCAGGAACCGGUCAGCUCAACCCACUCCACCCCAAAACCUACACCGUCGUCGGAAACGUCAUCAACGACAUCGCAUCAUUGUUCCCUGACCCAUUCUUCCACGCCGGCGCCGACGAGGUCGUCCCGGGUUGCUGGAAAACCGACCCGUCCAUCCAAUCCUUCCUCUCCCAAAACGGCACCCUCAGCCAGAUCCUCGAAACCUUCAUCAACAAGACUUUCCCCCAAAUCAUUUCCCACAACAAGACCGCCGUGUACUGGGAAGACGUCAUCCUCGACGCCGGCAUCAAAGUCAACCCGGCCGUUUUUCCACCGGAGCACACCGUGUUCCAGACGUGGAACAACGGGCCCAACAACACCAAGCUGCUCGCCGCGGCCGGGUACCGUGUCAUCGUCUCCUCGUGGGAGUACUACUACCUGGACUGCGGCCACGGCGACUUCCUGGGGAACGACAGCCAGUACGACCCGCCGCCGACGAGCAGCGACGUGGACAGCAACGGCGGGUCGUGGUGCGGGCCGUACAAGACGUGGCAGAAGGUGUACAACUAUGACAUCACGUAUGGGUUGAGUGAGGUGGAAAAGGGGAAGGUGUUGGGUGCUGAGGUGGCGUUGUGGUCGGAGCAGGCGGACGGGACGGUGCUCGACGGGAAGGUUUGGCCGCGAGCGGCGGCGAUGGCGGAGGCGAUGUGGUCGGGGAAUCGGGACGAGAAGGGGAGGAAGAGGUUUGCGGAGGCGACGGAUCGGUUGAAUGAGUGGAGGUAUAGGAUGGUUGGGAGAGGGAUUAAGGCCGAACCGAUUCAACCGUUGUGGUGCCUCAGGAACCCCGGAAUGUGCAACACGGUUCAACCGUUCGUGCCCCAAUGAGACAUCAUUAAAGAUCAUGUACAAGAGAGUCGACGAUAAAAUUGUGUUACAAUCGUACUAGUUUGAUCUCUAAUACGCAGUUGAAACAGAGUGAUCGAGAUGUUACCGCUUACAAAACAGAGGAAUGAUUUGUAUACUUGUUGGGAUGUUUGUGUCCCAGGAGUUUUGGUUUCUGCCAUUUGGUUAAUGUUCAACCAUAUGUACUUGUUGCUUGCCGGGAAUGAUUUGUAACAUUUUGAUGAAUGGAAAAAAGCGGUUGAAUGUGG